GAGAGGGACGAGGGAUCUGCACUGGCGUCCAGUCCUUGCCCUUCACAGCGGGAGUUGUGAUCAGAGGGGGAGGCGAUUGUUCCUCCCGCUUAGUACUGCGGGGACAUACUGGUAAAUCCUGUCAACAGUCAUCUGCAGGAACAGCUGGGCUCCCAGCACCUACUACAUUUAUUUAAGUAGUAAAUCUAAAGAUUUAAUUAGGCUUUAAAAGUUAACGUUGGCCAGUUGGGAAUAACCCGUAACCCAGAUUUACUUGUAUCGGUGGAAGUGUGCAUCCUGGGAGAGUUGUGUUGCAACUGUUUUGAAACCACUGUACGGUACGUGCCGCGAUGCGGGAUACCAAUAUAAUGCGUUGCUGCUGCACGUACUCUUGCACACGUCAAAAAACCUUGCGUUUGUAAACAAGUCAGGUUGAUUAAACUUUUUUUUCAGAGAAAAAAAUCAAUUUCGUUACCAUCUGUCCCGAGGCAGUAAAUAUAUUGAAGGCAUUUUUUGUAGUUAUCGCAGAUUAUGAGUGAAACUUUAAAAAAAUGAUUUCUCGGUAUAUUUCAACGACGUCUUUUGGCCUAUUUAAGAUUGUUUUUAAAAUGCAAUCCAUGUGUAAACCUCCUUGGCGAGACUUGCUGUCACAAGUAAAUACGGCAUUAUGUAAUUAGUUUAUUAUAUUAUGGGUUAGUUGCCGUAUUUACAAUAGGAUGUAUUAGCUUGGGAUGUACUUCCCUUUUCGAGAAAUAUCAUAGCGAGGUACUAUGACGGGCUGGGUUUCAUUUAUGGACGUAUACAAGCCGUAUAUAGGGAAAAUGUUGCCUUUGAUUGUUUAAUUACACCUUUUGGUUCUGACAGUUUCCCUCGUGGUGUCUGUGUGGAGAAGGCCACACACACUCCAGUUCAACGACGGCUUUUGCUUGCAUUUUCCAGUGUUUCUUCUGUCAGAGAGUGCACCAGGCCUGUAACUCUUCGACUGCCAGCCCUGAGCUCAGCAGCGAAGAACAUCCGUUGGAAAUGGUGAAGAUGACGAAAUCGAAAACCUUCCAGGCUUAUUUGCCAAACUGCCACCGGACAUACAGUUGCAUUCACUGUCGAGCUCAUCUCGCGAAUCAUGAUGAGUUAAUUUCCAAGUCAUUCCAGGGCAGCCAGGGACGUGCGUACCUGUUCAACUCUGUGGUGAAUGUGGGCUGUGGCCCUGCUGAAGAGAGGGUGCUGCUGACGGGAUUGCACGCUGUGGCAGACAUCUACUGUGAGAACUGCAAAACAACUCUGGGAUGGAAAUAUGAACACGCCUUUGAGAGCAGUCAGAAGUACAAAGAAGGAAAGUUCAUUAUUGAACUGGCCCACAUGAUUAAAGACAAUGGGUGGGAGUGACCAGUGAGCUACAGACCCCUGCUGCUCUAUUUUAAGACUGUAUGAGGCUGAUCUAAUGGACAGAAAAUGCUCUGCUAUAAGACAGCUCUGAGAACAUUUGCUGACAUUUUUUUUAAAAAAAAACCUUACAGCUGAACCAUUGAUGUUGCCUUCUUGUUGGCCCUUUGCUUUUUUUAAUCUUUGUCUAGGUUUGGUGUUCUCUUGUGUGAAACACUGUAAAACAACUAUAGAUGAAUUUUUUUUCAAAGCUCUUUACAGUUUGAGUGAGAAGAAAAAUGGAAACUUUUUUUGGAGCGUUUAGCUUUACAGAUGACUGUUCUGAACUUGGCUGUUCUCACUUCCCUUCCUUUUAAACUCCCCACUGUAUGUCUCUUCUAUUGCUGUUCAUGCUCUGAUACAAAACUGGGUUAGCUGACCAGCAUGGAGAUCAUUGCGAAGGGAGUUUGUAUAUGUACAAACAUCUACAUCUAAAUGUAGCAUUUUUAUUUUUUAAUGAGUUGUUUUGGGACAGGGAAGUAAUGGUUGCAGUAUUGUGAUACUGAGGUACAGUUGAAUCCCAUAGACUGCAAUUGGUUCUUCUGUUACUCCCAGGCUGUUUCUAGAUGGCCAGUCGGCAUAAAUCUAGCAUUCAGCACCUGUAACAUUAAUGGGAGCUGUGGUUUGGGGUGGGUGAUAAGGGGAUAGAGGGGACCCACUAAAAUUGUACAAAAUUAAAGGACACAUAUGGCUGGUUCCAUGUAGCAGUAUACUAAUGCACUGGACAAAAUUGGGCGCAUAAGUAGGUUUUCUGGGCAUAACAUCCUCUCAAACAUAGAGCUGGGCUCCUGGUCUGCGGACUGUUUAAAAUUUAACAGACGCAUGAAAUUCCCUUGCCUGGAAUAUGCAUGCACUCCAGAACUUUGCUUUUCCUCUUUGUUUUAAACAAGUUAUUUUCUUCCUCAUUUCUCCUGUUCUGAUCUCUGCUUCCUGUUUUCUUUUCACAAAUGGUCAUUCCCAGUUCUUGGAGUAUGGACAGUUUCUGGGUGCAAUGGUUUGCUGGUUAAAUCAUUUUUUGUCGUAUGGGUGCACCUGCUACAUAUAAUGGUGCACUCUGCUGCUAGAAAUUUCAUAUGCAGUGUUAACAGGAAGGUCCAGCAGAUUGUGUUUGUUUUUUUUUUAAAUAUUGUGUUCCAAUCGCCACUUAUAGCCAACUUUUUUUUUGCCUGCUCACUCGCUGUCAGAAUUCUCAUUCCCUGGUGCCGUGCAUUGAGUUGAAAUUCUUUGGGGAUGGGUCCUGAUCAGAUAAGCACCACUGAAGAAGGAACGUUUUUGGGGAAAAAGAAGUCGGGGGCCAGUCUGGUUACUGAGCCGAUUUUUUUUCAAGAGGGUCGCACUACAGAAAUUAAAUACUUGAAGCAGACUACAGAUCGAGGAUCUUGUUGAACCAGUUUCCCUAUAUAUUAAAAAAAAACAUUUUUGUACAUUUAGAAAAAAGAAGAAACAUAUUUAAGGUUUUAUACAUAUUUUUACUGGGUAAGUUGAUUUGCUUCCCCUACCUGAGCACUUUUGUUCUCUGUAAUUCUGGUGUUUUGUUGCAAUAACAUUUAACUUUGCAAUCUGAUUUUUAGUGUUUUUUUUCAGGUUUUGUGAUUUGCUUUUCAUUUUUAGCAUUUUCUUAAAAAAAUAAAAGAUGGAGAGGGUUGGGGAUGGGGAAGGGCAUCUCUUCUUGGACCAAUGGAGUAGGCUCUUGAGCUGGCUAAUCCCAGGGUGCUUGUCUGUUGGUUUAACCUCCGAAGACUGGUAACAUUUUUAAUUUAUUUUAACUUUUCUUUUCAAGUUUUAAAAAAAAAUUCUUUUGAGUUUUUUUUGGUUUUGUUGGGGCUUUAGAGUUGUUAAUAUCCAUCCAGUAGUAAGUGAGCUUUGCUCUGAAGAGCAGAGGGCAGUAGCUAUUGAGUGUUAAGUCUGGAGCAUUCUUUUCUACAAGGGUGAUUGAUUAAUAUUACAAGUUCUAAAGCAUGUUAUAUAUUGGUAAAGUAAAUGUUUUUGGUGCCUGAAUUCUUUUGUAUUUUUUUUAAUAAACCUUCUGAAUGCUUUAUUACCUCUCUUCACCCCCAACCCUCCAUAGCUAUUGGGACUAUACAUUGCUUUGCUGAUCUGUCUUGAAACUACAUCAACUUUGUGCAGCAACUCACUGUAUUGUACUGGAGUUAAAAUAAAAGAC